AUGGUUACGCAACAAUCAGCAUGCCGAAUUGGUUUCCAAGACGGCAGACAGCCUCUACCCUCCGACCAUUUCAGCUUAGUCAAGCUCUUCAGUCAGGCAGAUCCAAACUACAGAAUAGUUCAGUACGGGCUCCGAGCGCUGGUCAAGGAUGGGCCAGAUGUUUUUUCUAAACGGUUCCAGGCCCAAGUUGAGCCUUCAGAAGACGAAAAGCGACACUGGGAUGACCUGAACAAGCUUCCUUCGGCAUACCUUGAUGACUUCUGGAGAGCCUUCCACGGUCUAGUCGAACGCAGCCCAAAUCAAUGGAUCUAUUUCAUAAUCGAUAGCCUAAGCCUAUACGAAACGUUGAUUAAAGGUCUCGUGGCCAAUCUACACGAGAUGAUCAAUCAAAUAAGGAGUGUUCGACAUCAGGUUGUUCAUGACCAGUGGGCCAACCAGCCCUAUAGAGAUGUUCCCGUCUCGGCGCAGCACAAUUUCCCAGACAGUCGAGCAAACACAUGGAGGCUUUCAUCGAGGCAUAGAUUUUCUACUAUCUGUCUUCAAUAA